AUGGCUGGCGAGAUCGAGAACAAGGACCGCCUCGCCAGCAGCAGGUUUUCCACUGGGCUUGCUGCUUCAGCAUCACUGCGUGCCGAGUGCGUGUAUCGAGGCGCCCGGUCACGACGAAAACCUCUCGCCAAUAUGGACUCGUUGCCGGCCAGUCCAGCCUCUGCCUGCGCCUGUGCAGGACAGACUCCCAGUUGCGCAAUUCGACCGAAACGAAGGAAACGACUGCGAUCAGCAUCUCUAACACAAACAAGUCUUACUACUCCGUCUGGCUUCUUUAUCCUCCUCUUCCUCGUUCUAUUCGCCUCGACUCCCGCCUCGGCCGUUCGAAUCAAGUACACCAACUGUCUCCCCGAUAGUAUGCUAACCCAUCAACCAAAAUAUUUACAAUGGGUACCGGUGGAAGCUGAUGCCAAAUUCGACACCAAAGACGACAAGCAUAACUUUCAAUUCAUUGUCUGGGGGAAUGUCACGGGCUCAUUGAAUGAACAGACCUUGCCGCCUCCAGAUAGUCCCAAGUGGACCGACGACAGUGUCACUGAUGGCAAGAUUACAGACUCGUCCAACAACGUGAAUGGUACUACGGUCAAGAGCUCCAUCAGCAUGCUCACGUAUGUACCGUGGAGUCAUCGAAACUUUUUCUGUAACGACGCUUUGGUCGGAGGGCACUGUCCGUUGGCACCAGUCUUUAACACGACCGGCAAAGUGGCCAUUUCCGAUUUGCCAUCCAUGAACAUUACAAACGACAUGCACUCGUCAUAUCAGUUUGCUUCCUUUGCGGCCACCAUGUUGAUCAUCUUUGGCAAUGGAAAUGGCACCAAUAUCGGAUGUGUUUCCUCCACCAUCACUCCUGACCUUGGAAACCUGACGUGGGUGCUCAAGAUUGUGCCUUUAGUGGUCCUCAUCUUUUGCGGCUUCGCUGUCGUGUUUGCUGCCAUCUUCAGCCCGUGGGGGAGCUCCAACAUCUUCCACUGGACGUCAAACUAUGGGCGCGACAACGACCUGCUCCGACUCGUCACACCUGGUUUCGGCGACUGCUUGCAAUACAUUCAAUUUAUUGCCCUUUCUGGCGGCUUGUCGCUUAGCUAUCCCGGUUUCUUCCAACCCGUUGUGAGCCAAGUCGGCUGGUCUGCGCUCAUGUUCAACGAGAGUUUUGUCACGCACGCACCUGGCUGGCAAAGUGUUCGGGAUGGCCUAUAUAUCACAGAUACCCCGGACGGCUACGGCCUGCAUGCGCUUGGCCAGCUGGUUGGCAUGUCUGAGAGUGCCGACAUUUGGGCUGGCAUGAUGGUCUGGCUGUGUGUCAUUAUCCUCGCCGUCUUUGUCCUGACGCAAGCUGGAUUCCUGGCCCAGUGGCUCUACCGAAAGAUUCAAAAUAUUCCCGAGGAGGACCUGCGCGCCAAGAAUAUCCCGUUUAGUAUCGGCAACGUCAUUCGAAUCGUCUUCAACUUUUUGCUCAUCCCCAUUGUUGCCCUGUCAUGCUUUCAGCUCGUCGUGGCGAGCGAGUCGCCGGCAUACACCAUUGCCCUGGCCGCCAUCACCAUUGCGGUGCUUUUGGGCUUUGCCAGCUACAUCCUUGUCCUCAUAAUGCGAACAAAGCCAAAGUCGGUCCUGUUUGAUGACUUGCCCACAGUCUUGCGCUACGGACCACUGUACAAUACGUAUUCCGACGAAGCCGCCGCGUUUGCCCUCAUUCCCGUUCUGCUCAACUUUGUUCGAGGCGUGGCCAUUGGGGCGGUGCAGCCCAGUGGCAUCUCCCAGGUUGUGUUGCUGGCCAUUUGCGAGGUCAUUCAGAUAUUCACCCUGCACGCGUUUCGGCCUUUUCAGUCGCCCACGUCAAUGAAUGCCUAUCACACGCUCUUUUCGAUUCUGCGCCUUGCCUGUGUCCUAUUGAUGGUUGCCUUUGCUCCAAGUCUCGGCGUCACAGAAGGUCCCAAAGGCUGGAUCGGAUACGCCAUCCUACUCAUCCACGGCGGAGUCCUUGCCUUGGGCUUCUUCCUGGGCGCGCUGCAAACCAUUGUUGAGGUCGUAGCACGCUUGUUGGGGGCUGGGGGUGACGAUGUCAGAGGAGGACUGUCCAAGAUUCUGGGCAUGCGUCAGCUGUCACGACGCCAGACGCACCGGACCGCACCGUCUAGGGCCAGCCAGUUGUCUUCCAUGGCCAUGCUGCACGCCGAAGAAGGAACCAGCAGGACCGGCUACUCUAUGCCGAGCGGGCGCCUUCGUAGUGCCUCUGGUGCCAGCUACGGUGGCAUAGCCGCACACAACCAGCACCGAAGCAGCUCGGGCUUUGACAGUGUCGAUGUGUGGUCGGCCGGGCAUCGCCAUGUAGAUACCAACAGCUCCUACAUUCCUGGGACGCCGGGCGAGGCAAGCACCUUUUCCUUUAUCGCCUCGCCCACCGUCGGUCGUCCCGUACUGGCCGGCACCCACGCGGAGCCAACCGACCCCUAUUAUCGACCACCUCGGAGAGCAACAAACACUUCCAACCUGCGCGACUCGACAUACUCUGACACGCCGCCGGCCAAUGCUUUGGGAAUCGAUGCCAAACCCGCCGCACUGACUCCGGCAACCGCGGUGGACAGCGGAGAGGCCUCUGGCGAAGAUAUUGCUCGGGGGGGAACGCCUGCUCCUCCAGGUGGCCCAGGCGGCCCCGGCGGCGGCACAAUGAACCUACCGGCGAAUCGUCCCGACUAUGCCACCCGUGAAGUCGACUUUUACUACGGCGUCCGUGGCCCGGCGUUGAACUCGGACAACCCUGGCCGGCGACUGGGAACGGGGCCGGCCGACCCAACGGGACCCGUGGCCACUGCAACCGGCUGGUUCAGGACCCUAUUUGGGGGCAAGAGCAAGGAAAAGGGCAAGGGAUUUGAGGUUGUCAGAAGUUCAAGAAUGCCACCCGACAUGGUGCGGAACGGCGGUUUUGGUGACGAAACGCCCCCCGAAGGCAUCCCCGUAGCCAUGGGCGUACUGAGAAACGGCCCUAUUGACUCGGACGAUGACGACGACCCUCCGGUGAAGCGUCCUCCUCGAUCUCCUCAGCGACGGCCUGACGACCUGCUCACAGACAGUGGCGACCCUCGUGACUCGGAAGACGACGAGGACGACGACGAGGAUGUUGACCGCUCAAAACUGCCGAGAGGUUCCAAGCAUGGGGAACUCUUGGGUUUGGACCUGCCAGAGAUUCCACGCAAGAGCUCCAAGAGAAACUCUGGGUCAGUCGAUGGCCGGCACGCAGCAGCCCUGUCUGCGAUUAGUUCAAGAUCUCCGGCGCCAUCCGACCGCGCAUCUCACGAUGACGGACUUGGCGGCUCCAGUAAGGGCCACAGACAAAAUCCGUCGGUAUCGUCUGCCCUGCCGUUUGAACGGACGUCGUCUCAGAAGCGUCCCUCUUCAAAGUCAUCAUUGGACUUUCCAGGCGACCUGACUGAUGUCGAUCUGAGGGGCCGCCGGCAAGACGAACGACCAGCAAGCUAUGGCCGGGUCCAUCAACAUGAAAUAAACCGCGUCGACCCCCCUCAGUUGCCGCCGCUGGACCUGCUGGGUAGCUCUGCCGAGCUGGUGGACGACUUUGGCGAGUUUGGACGUAAAAGAUCACGGCAGUCGUGA